CUGGGGUGUCACUUCAAGCUGUCUGCGUUACGAGACAUUCCAGAGCCUCUGCCUGCGCUGCCGGAGUGUCUCCUACUAUGAGUCCGCAGUGUCCUCCGCUCUGAGGGGAUCUAAGGGGCCCAGACCACGGCAUGUGACCAGAGACCCCAUGGACUGACGCUGAUCCCGGGCACCGCUGAUCUUCAUUUCCUCCCAGUAUAUUCCACGAUCAGUCACCACCGAUCCCGCAGUCUGAGGUGCAGACAAGAUGGCGUCCUCCGGUGCGGACCACCUCCUGUACACCCCCCACUGUGCGGGGUGGCACUCCUACAUGGAGGGCGGCAUGUACCAUAUGUCCAACCUCUUCCUCCUGCUGGCGUUCAUGGGGGGCAGCGGAGUGAAGGGCGGCAUCUACAUCUUCGUGCUGUUUGCGGCUGGUUUCCUGGGGAUGGCGAUCUGGGGGGCGCUGUGGGUCUGCGGGGUGGAUGUGGUGGUCUGGAACGUUCUGCUGGUGGUGGCGUGCCUGGUGCAGACCAUCCAUCUCCUCUACCGACUGCGCAGAGACUCCUACGGGCAGAACUACGACGCCCUGUACCACAACGUUUACCAACCUCUGCAGGUGCCGCUGCCCGUCUUCAAGGAGAUCGCCCACUGCAGCGGUAUGGAGGUCCACAGCCUGAGCGCCGAGCAGAGCUACGCCCUGGAGGGCAAGACCCCCAUAGACCGCCUGUCCCUGCUCAUCUCCGGGAGGGUGAAGGUCAGUCUGGACGGUCAGUUCUUACAUUACGUGUUUCCUUAUCAGUUCCUGGAUUCUCCAGAGUGGGAAUCUCUACGGCCGACAGAGGAAGGAACAUUCCAGGUGACGCUGACAGCGGAGACAGACAGCGCGUACAUCAGCUGGCCCCGGAAGAAGCUGUACCUGCUCCUGGCCCGGGAGAAGUACAUCGCGCGCCUCUUCUCCGUACUCCUCGGCUUUGACAUCUCUCAGAAACUCUUUGCCCUCAAUGAUAAGCUCUUUGCCAAGUUUGGCCUCCGCUUCGACAUCCGUCUGCCGAGCCUCUACCACGUUCUGGGGCCCUCGUCGGAGCCGGCGGGUGAGAUGGUCACUGAGCAUUCGGCCUCCCACCUUCCACUGGCUGCUCCAGCCCCACAGAAGGGCCCCGUGGGCUCCAGGGGCUCUCGGCCUGAUAGCGGCCAUCUGGCCUCCAGUGUCCUGCAGAAGGGUCACCCCCGCCUCCUGUCUCGGGCCCCUCUGGCCCCAACUCAGACUCCAGAACUGUAGGGAACAAUGACCGGACCCCCGAGCCCCCCGCUGUGAGCACAGAACACUAGUGUGACUGCACCCACUAUGGACGGACCAUGGCCUAGUGCGCCCCCUCCUGUCUCUUCUCACUACUGCACCCAGUGUAAUGCUGCCCCCCCCCGCACAAUGGAUCCGUAACGAUACGUGAAAUCCACCGCCGCGUCUUAUUAUUCUUUAUAAAUGUCGCCCACCGUCUGCUGAACCUCAUCGUGUUCCCGGGUGACACAUUGUAACGAAGCUGCAGCGUCUCAGGGCGCCCCCCCCCCCCCCCCCACGUGUAUGUUUAUCAGCGCUGCCAGUGACAAGACAAAUGGCGCAGCCCAAAUACGGUCACAUGACCCCGGGAUCAGAAGAAUCAGAAGAAUAAGUCACAUUUACAAUAUGAAUAAACUUUAUUAAAAUGACACAAAUCCGGUUUGUUAAAAGAAGAAAACAAUAAAACAGAAAGUUCCACUUUUUAUCAUACAUUUUUGUGCUAAGUCUGGGGUUUCUACAAGAUCUCUGCUUGCUGUGAGUGAAUAAGAACAAACGUGCUUUAGAACGGCUACAGCAGUGUUUUCCAACCAUGGUGUCUCCAGCUGUUGCAAAAAUACAACUCCCAGAAUGCCUGGACAGCCUUUGGCUGUCCGGGCAUGCUGGGAGUUGUAUUUUUGCAACAGCUGGAGGCACACUGGUUGGGAAAAACUGUGCUACAGACCUAAUACAUCUCACAGCUGUGGGUUUGUUACAGUUGUAUCCAGUCUAGACAAUGCUCUGUGAGCUAAACAUCCUGGACUCCAGACUGAUACAUUGUACAUAGCUAGUCCUGCUCUCAGCUGAGAAGUAUAUACAAUUGUAUCCAGUCUAGACAAUGCUCUGUGAGCUAAACAUCCUGGACCCCAGAUAGAUACAUUGUAUCAGUGCAGAAGAAAAUGUAACAAACUAUCAGGGAAGGAGAUAGAAAGUCAUAGAGGAUUCUUCAGACUGGAUACAUUGUACCAAACCCUCAGCUUUUAGUUUGCUGUCAGUGAAUGGAAACAUCAUUGUUUACACCCAGAGACUGAGAACCUGAGUGUUCGUGACAAUGUGUCAGUCUGGACAAUCCCCUUUAUAAAACCAAUCCACAGCUGAGUGUUCGUGACAAUGUGUCAGUCUGGACGAUCCCCUUUAUAAACCUUAUCCACAGCUGAGUGUUCGUGACAAUGUGUCAGUCUGGACAAUCCCCUUUAUAAACCUUAUCCACAGCUGAGUGUUCGUGACAAUGUGUCAGUCUGGACGAUCCUCUUUAUAAACCUAUCCACAGCUGAGUGUUCGUGACAAUGUGUCAGUCUGGACGAUCCCCUUUAUAAAACCAAUCCACAGCUGAGUGUUCGUGACAAUGUGUCAGUCUGGACGAUCCUCUUUAUAAACCUAUCCACAGCUGAGUGUUCGUGACAAUGUGUCAGUCUGGACGAUCCUCUUUAUAAACCUAUCCACAGCUGAGUGUUCGUGACAAUGUGUCAGUCUGGAUGAUCCUCUUUAUAAACCUUAUCCACAGCUGAGUGUUCGUGACAAUGUGUCAGUCAGGAUGAUCCUCUUUAUAAACCUUAUCCACAGCUGAGUGUUCGUGACAAUGUGUCAGUCUGGAUGAUCCUCUUUAUAAACCUUAUCCACAGCUGAGUGUUCGUGACAAUGUGUCAGUCUGGAUGAUCCUCUUUAUAAACCUUAUCCACAGCUGAGUGUUCGUGACAAUGUGUCAGUCUGGAUGAUCCUCU